CAGUACGACUCCAAGCCCCCGAAUUCAACUCCAACCCCGGGCGACAUUACACUGCGAGCGCGCAGAGUCUACCUCUUCCAUACCUGUUGGAACUACUCGCCUGUCUUUUACAUUCCCCUAUCCGCCCCCAGCCGGUCGCGAUCAUGGUCCACAAAGUCCUCUUCUGGAGCGGCUUCGGCAUUGCCGUCCGCCUUUGGCAACUCGGAAUCGAAAUGCGUCCCAUCCUCGCCCGGGAAUCCCUCUGGGUCUACCCUCUCUUCGCCGGUGUCGGUGGAAGCUUCGGCUACUGGCUCCAGGGUGUUGAGAACCGACAGCUCAAGAUGCUUGCACAGCGCCGCGAGGCUAUUUUGGAGAAGCGCCGACGACGGGACCAGCGUGAAGGCCUGACCAAGGUCGAGGAGGGUGCUAUUCUUUCUACCGCAUCAUAAAAGAGUCCAAAUGUGUCUAUGGGUGGUAGAGAUUGAGCAUCGCGACGUGUAUUCCCUUUUAUUUUAUCUUCUUGUUUCUUUUGUUGCAUGUACCAAAAUUCCACGGUUUGAUAUCGACAUCCUAUCUGGGAAGUCUUCGCGCGGGCAUUGUAUCCGACAGCGAUGUGUGCUAUUGAAUAUGAAGAAGGCUUUUCGUCAACUAGAUUAUUUCCUUUUACCUAGGUUUUUUACCCAAGUAGUUUAUCAUUUCAAUUUACC